GGGAGGGAGGCGCGCAGCGCAGUGGGCUCCUUUCCCUCGCAGCCCCCCCCACCCCUUCACCACCCCCCCCUUCCCUUCCCUUUCCCGAUGCUCUCCGAUGCGGUUGCACCGCCGGGGAGGAGAGGAGGAGGAGGAGGAAGGCGAGGAGGAGGAGGAGGAGGAAGGCCAGCGGGGGGAGCGGGUGCAGCCUGCGCGCUGCCGGGGAGCGGCGGGGCUGCGGGCGCGCAGCGAGCUCGGGCUCGGCGAGAGGAGGCUCCGAGGAUCCCCUGCUGACUCCAGGCAGAGGCAGGCAGAGGCACAGGCAACUCCUGGAGCAACUGGGAGCCCCUCUCCCCGCCGAGCUCCGGAGCCAUGAGCAGCGCCGUGGUCCUCGCCCACCUCCCAGACCACAGCAGCAGCUUCAGGGAAGACGCCCCCCGACCCCCUGUCCCGGGGGAGGAAGGAGAAGCACCAUGCCCGCAACUCGCCAGCUCGUUUCUCCCAAAAAGCCAAAGCUUCAAGGCCAUGCCGGUGCCUCCUGCCCCGCGGAGGAAUGAGAACGGACUCGGGGAGCCGGAGGGCAGCGCGUCCCCAGACUCCCCUCUGGCCAGAUGGACCAAAUCCUUGCAUUCCUUGUUGGGAGAUCAAGAUGGUGCCUAUCUUUUUCGGACCUUUCUGGAAAGGGAAAAAUGUGUGGAUACCUUAGACUUCUGGUUUGCCUGCAAUGGCUUCAGGCAGAUGGACCUUAAGGAUACCAAAACUUUGCGAGUAGCCAAAGCUAUUUACAAAAGGUACAUCGAGAACAACAGCAUCGUCUCCAAGCAGCUCAAACCUGCUACCAAGACCUACAUAAGGGACAGCAUCAAGAAGCAGCAGAUAGAUUCCAUCAUGUUUGAUCAGGCACAGACUGAGAUUCAGACUGUGAUGGAGGAAAAUGCUUACCAGAUGUUUUUAACUUCUGAUAUAUACCUCGAAUACGUACGGAGUGGAGGAGAGAAUCCCGCUUACAUGAACAGCAAUGGACUGGGGAGCUUAAAAGUUGUCUGUGGCUAUCUCCCGACCUUGAAUGAAGAAGAGGAAUGGAGCUGUGCAGACUUUAAAAACAAGAUCUUGCCUUCAGUAGUAGGACUAUCCAGCAAGACGUUGAGGGUUACAGCAAAUGUCAGAGCUACGGAAACGAUCGAGAAUGGAUACAGGUCCUUCAAGAGGAACGAUCCUGUUAACCCAUACCACGUGAACUCUGGCUAUGUCUUUGCCCCAGCGACCAGCGCGAACGACAGCGAGAUCUCCAGUGAUGCCCUGACGGACGACUCCAUGUCGAUGACGGACAGCAGCGUAGAUGGGAUCCCCCCGUACAGAAUUGGGAGCAAGAAGCAGCUCCAGCGGGAAAUGCAUCGGAGCGUCAAGGCCAACGGUCAAGUUUCUCUACCUCAUUUUCCGAGGACCCACCGUCUUCCCAAGGAGAUGACCCCGGUGGAGCCAGCUGCCUUCGCCGCCGAGCUCAUUUCCCGGCUGGAGAAGCUGAAGCAGGAGCAGGAAACCAUGGACUGUCUGGAGGAGAGGCUGCAGCAGAUCAAGGAGGAUGAGGAGAAGGAGGGCUCUGAGCUCCCUGCCAGCCUGCAGAGCAGUCGGGAGAUGGUGAACCCCCAGCACCCGCAGCACCCGCUCUCGCUCCUGCCCUCGGGCAGCUACGAGGAGGACCCCCAGGCCAUCCUGGACGAGCACCUCUCCCGCGUGCUGAAGACCCCCGGCUGCCAGUCGCCCGGCAUGGGCCGGCACAGCCCCCGUGCCCGCUCCCCCGACCGCCUGCCCACGGGCAAGCUGCCGCCCGGCACGGCCUCGCUGGCUGCCUGCGCCGUGGUGGGCAAGGGCUUCAUCACCAAGCAGACCACCAAGCACGUCCACCACCACUACAUCCACCACCACACCGUGCCCAAGACGAAGGAGCAGAUCGAGGCCGAGGCGGCGCAGCGGGUGCAGUGCUGCUGCCCGGCGGGCGGCGACUACUACUGCUACCCCAAGUGCAAGGGCCACCCCAAAAACACAGACCCCCCUCUCCCUCCGCUGGAGCCCUUCGGCAGGACGGGGACGCUGCUGAAGAGGCCGGGCCGAGGAGUGGAGAGCGUGGCCCCGCCGGCCGGGGACGGGGGGCUGCCUGGCCCUGCUGGGGUGCAGCUCCCCGGGGGUGAAGCAGACCGGGCACAGAACGUCUGGCAGUGGAUGCUGGAGAGCGAGAGACAAAAUAAGCACAAGCCCCAUAGCACACAAAGCACAAAGAAGGCCUACAGCUCCGACUGCGCCAAGGGGGCCCCCGGCCGCCACCACCCGUGGGGGACCGGCAGCCACCCGCGCGGGGCACAGCCCGCCCACCCCUUCGUGCAGGACCCCGCCAUGCCCCCGCUCACCCCGCCCAACACCCUGGCCCAGCUGGAGGAAGCGUGUCGCCGCCUCGCCGAGGUCUCCAAGCCGCAGAAACAACGAUGCUCAACCUCAAAUCAGCAGAGGGACCGAAACCACUCCGCUGCCAUUCAGGGGGGAGGCACCCCUUUCUGCAAUGCAAGUCUAAUGACAGAAGAUCACAAAGAGCCAAAGAAACUGCCAGUUGUUCACACCUCUCAGUCCAGCGAGUUGGUUGUCACCUAUUUUUUUUGCGGAGAAGAAAUUCCCUACAGGAGGAUGUUAAAGGCCCAGAGCCUGACACUUGGGCACUUUAAAGAACAGCUGAGCAAAAAGGGAAAUUACAGAUACUACUUCAAAAAAGCGAGCGACGAGUUCGACUGCGGCGCGGUGUUUGAAGAGAUUUGGGAAGAUGAAACCAUCCUGCCCAUGUACGAAGGAAGGAUCCUGGGGAAAGUAGAAAGGAUUGAUUGAUGGCAUCUGUGUGUUUCUUAAGAAAAGUUAAGCUAGAAAAAGUCUUUGGACACACAACAGUAGUGAUGACAAGGAAAGAACAAAAAAAAAAAACUCUGAAGGAAAAGUUUUGAACCAAUGAAGAAAAAAAGGUGAAGUCUAUGAAGACUUUGCUGAAUUAGCCUUAGAGGAAAAAAAAAUGGCAUUUAUUAUUCAUGAGUUGGGUACUGAGAUGAUAAAAACCCCGGACUAUUUAUUAGAAACAUGACCACUGUUGGCUAUCGGAGAUGCAGACCGUGUUUGAGAGACUUCCAUACAUAAUAUAUGAUUUCCUGGGGAUCUGAAAUCUAUGGACUAAGAGAAACUGUGUAUAGCUUACCUUAACAGUAAUCCUUAUUGAUAUUUAUUGAACAGUCUGUUUUCCCUUAAGUCCAGUUUUUGGAUAUGCUGCUUUAACAAUGGAGAAGAGAGGGGCUGGGAAGGGGGGGGCGAGGGGAGGAAGGAUUAUUUUAUUUUUUUAACAUUGUUCCCACUAUCUAAAAUUCAGGAGUUUGGCAAGGAGCACAUUCGUGAUGAUUCUUUUUUUUUUUUUGAAGGGGGAGGAGGGAAGGAGUGACGUGAUGCCCAGUAUUUCUCCGAGUGAAGAUAAAACUUUUCUAAAGAAAUAAUAAUAAUAAUAAUAAUUAAUAAUAAUAAUAAUAAUAAAAAGCCGAAAUAAAAAUGCUGUCCUACCAUUCAUCUAGAGACCGGUGCAUUUUAAUCUAUGCUGCUCUAAUUUGAAAUAAAGGUCUUAAGUGUUAACUCUGUUAGAGGCAAUACAACAAACAGGAACUUGUUAUUUUGUCCAUGGAUUUCGGCGGGGCCAGGAUUUUGCUUUGCUGCUGUCACUGGUGUCCAGCGCCUCUCAGUCGAGGCAAGGUAGAGCAAAACCCCGAGCCUGGGAGAGCUGUAGAAGGAGCCAUCCCGUUCCCAUUCCCGUGUCUAGCACACCAAAAGGUUUAAACCCCUGUGUGUAUCCCACAGAGCUAAUUUUUUUAGCCGUUCGAUGUUAGCACUGCUUGUGUUUCAACGCGGUGCAGCUACAACGGGGGUGUACUUUCAGCUUCUGAGUCGUUGUGUGUGGUGGGUUUUUUUGGUUGGGUUGGUUUUUGCCUUGCCUUCACACCCACCUGAGGCCGUGGGAGAUGUGGAUGAAGCUCCGUGUGUGUGCCUGGGGUGGGUUUUGGGACAGAGAGAGAGAGAGAGAGGGGCCCUUUCCCGAGAAAGACCUUGCAUUUCGACAGUUGGGUUUUGUGUUGAUUAAGUUAAUCUGUGCAUUCUGUUUGCCAUUGCUACUUUGUGUAAGUCUGUAUAUAUUGUAGAAAAUGUAUGGUGAAAAUAUUAAUACACUAUCUCUAGUGUUUUUAAAAUUUAAUCAGUACAGUACCUGUGCCUGCAUGGUGUAACAGGCCAUGCGUCGCCCUAUAUUCAGGGUUCAAGCUUUCCCUUGUUUGUUUAAGGGGUUUAUGUAUAAAUAUAUUUUAUGCCUUUUAUUACAAGUCCUGUACUCAUGACUUUUGCCAUGGCAUUUUGUUCUACUUAUACUGUAAAUUAUGCAUUAUAAAGAGUUUCAUUUAAAAAAAAAAAAUUACUUGGUACAAUAAUUAUUGUAAUUAAGAGAUGUAGCCUUUAUUAAAAUUUUAUAUUUUUCAAAUUAA